CACAUCAGUCUUUCACACGCCUUCACUGAGAAAGAGGCCCGAGAACUGUUUUGGCAGGUCGUCUGUGCUAUCGACUACUGUCACAAGUCGGGCAUUGUGCAUCGCGACUUGAAAGCUGAGAAUCUCCUUAUUGACGCUGACUUCAAAAUAAAGGUUGCGGACUUUGGAUUCAGCAAUUUCUUUCACGCCGACCAGCUUCUGACAACCCAUUGUGGAAGUCCCCAGUAUGCUGCACCCGAACUUUUUAAGGGCGAACCGUAUGACGGGCCACUGGUGGACGUCUGGAGCCUUGGCGUCAUCUUGUACAUUCUUGUGUGUGGAUCCUUCCCUUUUCCCGGCGAGUCCCUGGGUGACAUCCGCAGUCAGGUUCUGCGCGGCCUUGUACGCUUUCCCUUCUUCCUCUCAACGGCCUGUGAACAGGUGAUACGCGGCAUGCUGCAGGUGGAUCCGGUGUUCGUGCAGUUUAAGAGCGCAGCACAUAAACUGUGUCCUGAUGCACGGGGAAUGCCGCGCCCGUCUACUGGCUUCCGGGAUUUCAUACAGACGCGUUCACGCAUCCCCUGUUUUGUGUGUAUCAUGAGAAAGAUUCUAUCUGUGUCUCUACUUGACACACAGGUUUCGGCAACCUCCUGGAUGCAGGCAUCUCCCAACGUACUGCACUAUACCCAAAUGAUGGCCCGUUUUGAAGAAGAGGUGCGUAAGCAACGUCUGGACGAGGUCUUUCAAAAGCAGUUUCCUGAGCACAGCAGCCUCAUGUCGGAGAGCCGAACAGAGCAGGAGAUGCGUAAUCUGGAUAGGGGCAUAAUUCGGGCUCUCAGUCUCACCACCAACGCUAACGAAAACGAGGUUUGUCUUCUCUCUCUGAGAGAAAUGUAUUUACCUACCUCAUAG